CUGAAAGAUUGGCCCAUCCGACGGCCAUCACCAUCGACUUCGCCAUGGACAACACGAUCUUCUGGGCCGACCACACGCUCAGCACGAUCGAGAUGAUGAAGCGCGACGGCACGGGCAGAACAACGGUGCUGCGAGGCGAUAACAUUGAUCGGCCGUCUUCGCUCGACGUCUUUGAGAGCACGCUCUACUGGAUUUCCACCGGCAAAGGCGAACUCCGCCGUCAGGACAAAUUCGGACGGGGCGUUAUGGUGCGGCUCGUUAAAGACAUCGCCACGCCCAGCACCGUCAAAGUUUUCAGCGAGUAUAGGUACAACACGUCGGUCAACAACCCGUGCCUCAACAGCCCGUGCACUCACUUGUGCCUCCUCGUUCCGGGCGGGUACCGGUGCGCUUGUCCCGACAGCACGAUCCAAGUGCAGACUGGAAGCGAAGUGUCGUGCGACACGACACCGAGAAAGGCCACGCCCGUCUCCACGUUGCGCUGCCCGUGUCAGAAUCGAAGGCAUCUGCAUCGGUGACGGCCAAGUUAAUGCCAGUGUCCCAACGAUUACGAAGGCGUCCACUGCGAGACCCACCUGCUGCGUCGGCCGACUCCGUCCGAAAGCGUCGCUCCGGCUUACAUCAUUGUGCCUAUUCUUCUCAUCAUCCUGUAUGGCUGGAUUGGCCGGAGUCGCCGUCUACGUCUUCUUCUUCCGCCGCGCUGGCCGUGCCAGAAUACGGAUUCCCGCGGAGUUUCGGAGCAGGUCCCAGCGUCUCGUUCCGACAGGGCACCAACGUCGAAUUUGGACCGGCCACCUUUUCUGGAAACGGAUCUUCCGCUUCCACAAUGGAGCCGGUCGAUUCCGAGUUCAACGGCCGUGACGCAUCGACCAAAUCGCGCGAUUUCUCCAACCCCAUGUAUGACGCCGUUGGCGGAUCUGUGGAAGCUCCCAAAGGUAGCAUUUAUGAAGUGCCAGCAGAAAUGAUCAAGGGUAUGCCGCUGUCCUCCGAUCCCGUGCCGGGCUCGUCAUAUCGCCGUCAGCAUUGUGCAUCAAGCUUCGCCGCAAAUUCACAUCCGUCAUCGGGAAUUAGACCCAAGCAACGUGGAUACGGGCAAGGAUACCCAAAAAUUAGUCGAGGACACUUCCGACUGUUAAAGUUAAAGCACAAAAAAAGAGAUUCCUGGACUGAU